AUGUCAAAGCUAGAAAUCGCAGCUAUUGAACCACUCAUGGACAGUAAUAAGAAAAAGCUAGAGGAUAUGAAAGAUUUUGCGGAAAUGGUCCAAACGUUCUCAGAGAAAAUUGGUGGAUCUGCCGGAGCACAACGCCUGGAUCCGAUUGUGCUGUUUGUGAAAAACUAUCUUCGCUAUUAUUCUCUUGAACUUCUUGAUCAAGUCAGCUCAGUGCAAUUCAAGAAUUCUCAAGUGUUCUUCGAGAAGAACAUGAGCGGUCUUACCAAGAAAUUCGAAAAGCUCAACAAUGCCUAUACUUCAGUUUUUGAUGAAGAACAAAUUGCCAAUUACGCCAUCGCCGCUCUCCAAGACAUUUUGGGUGAGGCCCACGACUUCUGA